GAAUGCUGAGUUGUACAUUUGGAUUUACACAAAAUACAUAUUAUUGUAUGCAUCAUACAAAAAUAGUUUAUAUUGUUCAUUUGAUUUGUACAGUAAUCUAAUCUGAAUUUAUUUUGGGUAUUGUUCCUUUAGAAAGUCUUACUUCAUCUCAGGAAUUUGUCUUUUAAAAUGAAGUCAAGUGUUCCGUCCCUCCCCGCUUGCUGUCUGUGCCUUAGCUUGGCCGUGUCGUAUAGAGCUUAAAUACAUAUUACAGUCUUAACUGUAAGAAGUCAGGGUUAUGUGUGUAUGUCAAACUCCUUCAAAUCUUCUUAGUGUCAUAACGUUCACUAAAUAGUGAUCUAAGCAAGCUUGUUUACGGAUUCUCUGUGAAAUACCGACAGGAUAAGCACAGGGCUUUAUACACAAAGAUUAGAGGUUAGGGGGUUACGAUACCUGGGGUGAUAGAACUAAGGAUUCUUAAAUUAUAUAAAGUACCAUUACUUAUUUUUCAUCUCUUCAUCAGUGUUUUUUGGAACUUUGCUGUCCAAGGAGUAGUUCUUCCACUUGAGGGCAUGUUAUUAACAACACGCGAGGUCUUAAUCUGUGACAUCACCAGUGUCUGUGGCACAUCUAGGAUUUGUGGAGCAGAAGAUUAAAGCUCCACUUCGUCAUAAACCUCUGCUCCUCAAUUCAGCCGGAUGGUGGCAGGUGGGACAGUUGCUAGGUGUCGUCCGUGGUCUUUGGAUUUUGUGGACAAAUGCUUGUGCGUCUACAUAGAGUUAAGUUCUUCGCGAUUAUUUUUUUUGACUGUAAGCUUCAAACUGUCACGCACGUGACUUAAUGCUCCACAUCUGAGUCUCCUUUUUUGUCAGAAAGAGUUUACCCAGAACUUUUUAUUCUGCUCUUCUGUGGCUCUCCAUGAUGAACUACUGCAUACCAGACAUGUAUGAGAUGCCGCAUGUUGGCAUGGGAGGCUACACGAUGCAGGGCAGUGGGGAACACUGCAUGUACUCAGGUGAGGGGCCCGGGUAUGGCCACUUUGAGCCCCAGCCCCUGCACCAUCCGCCCUGCAUGGAGCAGACGUGGCCCAGCCAGCACUACUCUUGCUCUUACACUGGUGGCUCGCCUGUUUUUAAGAACGAGUAUUGCAGCAUGGAGAUCCCUCUUAGUCACUGCCACCAUCAGCCUGAGUACUUUCCUGAGAUCAAACCCGACUUCUCGCACCUACAGUGGAUGCAGGGUGCUCAUAGAAAAGGGUACAUACCAAGUUACCUGGACAAGGAUGAGCUAUGUGUAGUGUGCGGGGACAAAGCCACAGGCUACCACUAUCGCUGCAUUACCUGUGAAGGUUGUAAGGGUUUCUUCAGGCGGACGAUCCAGAAGAACCUCAACCCGACCUAUGCCUGCAAGUAUGAGGGGAAUUGUGUCAUCGACAAAGUGACCAGGAAUCAGUGCCAGGAAUGUCGCUUCAAGAAGUGCAUUGUGGUGGGAAUGGCGACCGACUUGGUGUUAAACGACAGCAAGCGGUUGGCCAAGCGCAAGCUAAUCGAGGAGAACCGGGAGCGCCGUCGGAAGGAGGAGCUGCAGAAGACGGUGUGGGACCGACUGGAGCCCACCCAGGAGGAGUGGGACGUCAUCCGUAUGGUGACUGACGCCCAUAUGUCCACGAAUGCCCAGGGCAACCACUGGAAGCAGAAGCGGAAAUUCCUGGUCGAGGAAGCUAUGCUUCUUAAUGAAAUAACAUGUAAUUUAUUCUAUACUUCUGACCAGAGUGCAGCGGGGGUGAAGGAAGAUAAGCCUGAGGAAAUUGGUCAAGCGUCCAUGGCAAAUACACCUGAAGGAAACAAAGUGGAUAUAGAAGCCUUCAGUCAGUUUACAAAAAUUAUCACCCCUGCCAUUACCCGAGUGGUGGACUUUGCCAAAAAACUGCCUAUGUUUUGUGAGCUGCCUUGUGAAGACCAGAUCAUCCUGUUGAAAGGCUGUUGCAUGGAGAUCAUGUCGCUGCGAGCGGCUGUUCGCUACGAUCCUGAGAGCGAGACUCUCACGCUGAAUGGGGAGAUGGCGGUCACACGGGGGCAGCUUAAGAACGGAGGCCUGGGCGUGGUCUCGGACGCCAUCUUCGACCUCGGCGUGUCGCUGUCCUCCUUUAACCUGGACGACUCUGAGGUUGCUCUUCUUCAGGCGGUCAUCCUGCUUUCAUCCGAUCGGCCAGGCCUGAGUAGUGUGGAGCGGAUCGAGCGCUGCCAAGAGGAGUUCCUGCUGGCCUUUGAACAUUACAUCAACUACCGCAAACACAAAUUGGCACAUUUCUGGCCCAAGCUGCUAAUGAAGGUGACGGACCUGCGGAUGAUCGGCGCCUGCCACGCCAGCCGAUUCCUCCACAUGAAAGUGGAGUGUCCCACCGAGCUAUUCCCUCCUCUCUUCCUGGAGGUCUUCGAGGACUGACCAAUGGAUUUGCGUGUAUGUGUCGUCUGUGUGUGUGUAUAUGUGUGUGUGUGUGUGUGUGUGUGUAUGUGCGUGUGCGUGUGCGCGUGUGUGUGUGCGUGCGUGCGUGCGUGUGUGUGUGUGUGUGCGUGUGCGUGUGUGUGUGUGUGUAUGUGUGCAUCCGUCAGCGUCUGGGCACCCUGGUGUAUAUGUGUGUGUGUGUGUGUGUAUGUAUGUGCAUGUGUGUGUGCGUGUGCGUGCGUGCGUGUGUGUGUGUGUCUGCAUCCGUCAGCGUCUGGGCACCCUGGUGGUCUCAGUGGUGUAACCAGCAGAAUGGCCGUCACAUUGAACUUUCUAUUAGCACUACUGAGUGUCACUUCAUUCCAUACGUUAGGAUUAGCUCUCUGAUCUAGUUUUGGAUGGAACCAUUCCUUACAGUGCGGGUACAUUUUUUUGUUCUGUUGUCGUUAUUAUUGUGGAUAUAACUUCUCACCUCGGAUAUGUGUUGAUGAUUGUACAGUUGGUAUAAUGGUGAUUUUUAUCAACGCUUGUUUAUCCAUUAGAAACCAUGCAAAUGUUGUAUUUUCCUUCCUUUAUGUUGAAAAUUUCAAAAUGGCUGCUCACCUGACACAAAAACUAGGACAUUAUCAGCUAUUUGUUAGUCUUCCCCCCCCCCCGCCUGCCUGCUCGACUUUAUUGGACCCCUUUGUUGGUUGAUAUUUUAACCGUCAUGUAGUCCGUCACCUACUCGCUAUCCAACUAUGACACGUUAACGGCAACACUCACUCACUGUAAUGGACAGCAGCUCGACGGGCCUGGGUUCGUCUGUGCGUCGCCACCUGUCACAAUGUUACCACCGUCAUGACGCGUUUCAGAGGCGUCGGGGAAAUCUGAAAAUGCAGAACAGCAGCUUUAGACCAAAGUCUGAGUCAGAAACUAGUCAGAGCGUUUCUGGGACGCUUUUAUUUAGUGUCCUACAGCUAACAUAGCAACACGUUGCACCCUGGUGGACAACAUUGGCUUCUGCACUACGACAGCAUGUUCGGGCCAAAGGAAAAGAGUGUUAUCUGUGAGGCUCAUGUUAUUUGGAGUUCCCUCAAACCUUAUCUUAACAUCCUGAAAAUGUAUAAACCACAUGAUUUAAUAAAUAAUCCAGAAAAUAAACAUAGCUGGUAAUAGUUGGUAGCAACUACAUCGUAAGCCAGCACUCGGAAAGACGGAAAUACAGCAGGGCACUGGUUUCUUUUAUUCCGUGGCUCAAAUGUUCUGUCCUCGCUGUGUUUGAGUGAAGAAAGUCUUGUGUCCGUUGCCUUUACUUUUACAACGUGGACCACGAAACACACAUACUCUCGAUUCCGACUUCCGACAUUGAGAGGAAUGCAGCGGUAGCAUUGCAAAUGAGCCUGGUCACUGUCACCUCAAACUGGUCAGGACUAACUAAAGCACACAAUGACGCCGAUGUCAUGAGAAGACAAUCAUGUUGUAUUCGUUUUUUUGUGUGUAACAAUGCCACAUGCUGUGCCAAAACCAAGUGAAUGAUGCCCUCUUUAUUGAAUCCCUGCUAGGGCUCUCAUUGAGACUGGCACUUGACUUAGUUAGUGCGUGUCGCUCGCAGACUUGUUCCACCGACACAUUAGCAGCUUUUAAGUGUUUUACCGCAGCUACCUAGUCACAUGUACAACUUUAACAGCUUUCUUUUUUUUUUCUUUUGUUAUAGUACGACUCCCCGCAGACGGGAGGCCGUAUUUUAAAACAGUGACGUCAUGGUGCUAUGGUGGGUUGGGGAAAUGGCUGAUUGAACUGUAUCGUUAUCUAUGUGCAGAGACAAACAUUAUCUGUUCACAUACCAGCCAACCACCCUCUAAUGAUGGCAUGCAUAGACACUAACACUCAAACACGCACACAAACUUACAGUAUACCUUUCACACACAUGCACAUACAUGUACAGUAUAUGCACACAUGCAUGUGCCUGCAUUCACACAUAGGUCAGACCCCACCACUGUGACCAAACAGUGGGACUCGGAGGCCAAGUGAAAGUUGGCUGGCCCGAUACCUGAUUCAUCAUCAGCAAGGUACACUGAGGGAGCCGCUGAGAUUGUGAAAACGUAGCGCUUUAUCUGUUGUUUUUUUUAGCCAAUAUGUUCUCUCUUUUUUUUUGUCGUUGUUUUGAAAGCUUCUCAAUGGUCUUGUUGUUUGCAAUGUGACAAAAAAUACAUUUGCUUUGUAUAUCUCGCUUUUUCAAGCUUCACACUACUCCUCAAAGCUGCAUGUGUUUAUUUUAUGUUUUUCUCUUUUCUGUGAAGUGAUGCCUUUUUAUCAAAGCAAUAGACUUGCUGCAGUGUUUGAAUGACCCGGACCUCACACACACACCUCGCAAACUGUACAGACUCAAUACAAAUGCACAGACAAUCAGAGGGAGAGAGACGAAUGGGGGAACAGGCACCAAGACUCAGGCGGUCGGUCCGGUCGGGCCGGGCCAUGCUGAGCCACGGUCAUUUGGAAUAGUAACAUUGACUAUGUUUGCAUGCACCCCUCAGCCCCACAGUGCUGUUGAACUCAUGUGAUACACUGAGCCUGCCAGUAAAAAAAAAAACAACGAGAAGAUUUGGUCAGUCAUUACAAGCAGGAGCGACUUACUCAACCAUAACAGACAUAUUUAUAGAAUUGGAUCAGUCCUAUAUUUUGUUAUUAGAUUGGUAUUCUGGCCUUUAACCACCAAACAAUCCCAGGAGCUAAACUCAGGAACGACUUACGACCUCAAAGUCUCAUUAUUACACGUGCUGUGUUUCAACUGCAUCUGAAGAGCCGUUCGAAUCUGAAUUCAAUAUUAGCAAAUUAGACCUAAAAAUGGAUUAAAAUAAACAAUUGUUUGAUACUUUUAUGUAAUGAGAAAACUAAACUCAUCCAGUUGUCUUUUGUAAUUGACCAUUUCAUGACCGUUUACAGCUCUACAUUAGUCAUCGACCACACUGCUCUCUCGCUCUUACCUCUUUUUUGAAACUUUUUAGACUUUAACACUAGUCUCAGGAAUUUGGCUGCAUAGCUUUCUUUAAACAUCGACAAAAUCCCAUGCUCAGCCCCAGUACGCCGGCACCAGCUGUAGCUUGCUUGCUUGCAGUCUGGUUGACAGUUGUACACACACACACACACACACACACUCACACACACACACACACACACACACACAUGCUUUAGCAGUUUGUAUGAUUGUGUUUGACCUGUCACUGACAUACAGUACUGUUAGCACCACAUACUACCUCAGGAGUGGGGGCCUUUUUGGAGGAUGCACACUGAGGCCUGGGAACCUAAACUGGAACUUUGUUCCUGAGGUCAAAAAUGUUCCUGAGUGACUGUAAAUGUUUCUGGAUCCCCUCACUGGUAGAAGGCCACAAUGAGAGUUAAGACUAUUGCACAAAAUAAAAAAAGUGAGUAAUUUUAAAGCUGCAUUAAUUGAUUUUCUUAUUACCCACUAGGGGCAGAACUCAACCAAAAACCAAAAAAUAAUUAUUCAACGGGCAUUCAUGUCCACCAGAGGAAAUGUGAGUCCAAUUUUUGUCUUGUUGUCAUUGUUUGAUUUCCACCGUUCCCCGGGGGAAACUACCGACCUUUCAGCUGCUACAUGUUCAGCUUUCUUCACCAGUCAGCACACAGUGAAACAUCCUGAGUUAAUGACAGCAGUGAGAUCUAAAACACUAAAUAUAGGCCUAUGUUGAGGUGUAGAGUUUGGUAACGGUUCUCUGUCGCCUUUUAACAAUAAACGUUAAAACAUUAUUUUAACGAGUUAGCUGCAGCAUUUCACAGCUUUUCAUAGGAGCUCAUUAACUUAGCACCGCCCUCGCAGUUUAACCUUCUGCUCACCACCAUAUAUUCAGCACAAUUUCUUUGAGUGAAACAUCUUUUCUUAACGUUUAGUCUGAACCAAGGUUUUUGGAUCCCUUUCAUUCAGUGGGACUUGAACAGACAAGAAGAUUACUGUAACCAGGCUCUCUCCCUGCCUCUAUAUGUGCAGGGAGUAUAGUAGAGUAUAAAAUGGAGAUACACGUACAUACUUUAAAGAUUAGUCUGCUUUGUGGAUCUGAAGAACUUAAAUAUCCAGUCUAGAAUUUAACCUUGAAUUAAAUCUUAAAGUUAUCAUUAAGUUUUAGAGAGGAACUUUAUAGCUAGUAAGCCAUGUGUCACAGCAGUGUUCUAAAGUCACAACAUUUCAACUUAUUUCUCAUUCAAAUCUAAUCCUAACCCUCCUGUUGACCCUCCAUUGUCGCUAACUAGAUGUCUGCUGUGUGUUGCUGAGUUGGAAGUGUUAGCUGAGCGUUUAGCUGAUAACAGCAGCCCGUUCAAGGGCAUGUUCACACCUGAAAGUCCAGACCAUGGUCCGACCCAAUCUUAACAUUGUUUUUUGGAAAGUGUGAACCAUCCAAAAAAAAGCUUUCAUACUGCAAACAAACACUUGAUAUGGACUGAAACCACUGUGGUCCGAUCCUUCCUUUGGUCCGUUGGUCUGGACCUUGGUUUGAGGAACACCUGUUGGUUUAGUCUGAGGGUCAAUGUGUGAAACCAUAAAACCAAAACAAUGAGCUGAAAGGUGCUUAAAUUUUCUGUAGAGUUGAUGGGACCCUUGAUAAUUCCCUGUGGGCUCAACACUGGGUGUGACCCCCUCACAUUACAGGUUGCCCUCAAAUAAGAAUUAAUCAAAUGCAGUUAGUGCAGCUUUAACUCAAACCUAAACAAAAACCAGUGUAAACAGUACGAAACUAACUCGGUGUAGUCGGCGUCUAUUACACAAAUGUUAUGUGUGUCUUGCACAGUGAGAACUGAAUGAGUGGCCCUUGGAAAACGGCUCAAAAUGACACUUCAAGCACAUCACCAUCGUUACAUGAAUGGUCAUAUUCACGGGGGCUGUUGGUGCAUGUAAACAUAGUCAACACUGACUGCUGGUUCGGAAAAUGUUUACUGUUCCUGAGUAGGUGCCAGUACGCUCUUAUCUCUCCCACGAAUUGUUACUGUUAAAGUUACUCAGUUAUAAACUUAUAACUAGAGUUGCACCAUAGAAAAAGCUAUUUUACAGUACAAAGGAAAAAGGAUGUAUAUUUUCAGACUGCAGAUUUUUUUUUACAGAUGUUGUUAGCCUAAUAUGAACAUACUGUUUUGCAUAGCGUUAAAAAAAAAUGACGUCUUGCUCUCAAAUCCAUGUCCACGUCUAUAAAAGAAUUAUGAGCAAGAUAAUAUGAAUCAUGAAAAAAAAAUAACACUUUAAUUAGUGCAGCAUUAGUUCCACAAUAAAAAAAUAAAUAAAAAAAGGUUAUUACUGUGUCUUGACUUCACUGUUGGUACAAAGCAGCACAGCUCCACACGAACACAGCUGAAGACAUCUUCCUGGUCAAAGUGGGACCAGCAUCAGAAAGACAAAAGUCAUCCACCGUCGACACAGAUUUCUCUCCUUGUGUGUUUCAGUGUCUUCUUAUUCAACUCAUCUGUUCAACACGUACAGGAAAACCGUGGCAGAAGGGAGGGAUUCAGUGUGUGUAGGCGCAGGAGUGAACCUGUGGCGUCAAACCACAAGAUGCACAGGGUUCUGUUGCUAAUUUGCUCAGUUGCACUCUGCGUUUGACUGGAAACAUGGUCCAGCACUGCACUGUCCAGAUGUGGACGUUGCUUUGACAUGAGCGCGGAGGACUUGAGGGUGAAAUGAUCGGCUCAUGGUUGACGAUGAUAGCGGCUAAUGUGAAUUGGCUCUUGAGAAUAAAGAUGGUUUUGAGAGAA